AUGGAUUUGAUAUUUCAAUCAAUUCAUUCCUUUGGUUCAUCAAUUGGUUGUUUCAUGAAUGCUAUGUUAAUUUAUGUUGUUCUAACUAAAAGUCCAAAACAAAUCCAAGGAUAUAGCCUGCUAAUUAUCAACUUUGCUGUAACAGAUUUUUUAAUCUGUGCAUUAGAUUAUAUGUUGAUGCAACGACUCAUAUCUUGUGGAAUGUCAAUUCUUUAUAUUUCAAUGGGCCCAUGCUCUAGAAUAUCUCCACAAGUGUGCUAUUUCAUCUAUGUUAUACAACUUCAUUUAUACACACAUUCUAUUUGGCUUCUUCUAAUUUCUUUCUCAUAUCGUUAUUACGUUAUGAUUCGAUCAGAACUCUCAAAAUUUAAAAUUCAAUUGAUCAUACUUCUUUUUUAUAUACCAUCUUUUAUAUCAAAUGUAAAUGUAUUCAUUUCUGAUGGUAGCGAACAACUUUCUCGUGAAAUAUUAACACAAUAUCAUCCUGAAUAUAACCUAACAGAUCGAGCAGUUUCUGGAAAUCCCUCAAUUAUUGAAUUCGGCGCAAUUUAUGAUAUUGUUCAUGUUGUUGGUUUGAGUAUGCCAAUGACAACAAUCAUAUUGAUAAUGCGAAAGAAAAUAAUAUCUAAAUUUGGGACAAGUGCUGUCUCAGAAAAAUCGAAACGACUUCAACUGCAACUUCUAAAGGUUUGUAAUCGAUAGUGCUGAAACCGCAGUUAUUGAAACAUGAAAUCUUUACAGGCUCUCACAUUCCAAGCAUGUAUUCCAAUUUUCUAUGUAAUGGGUGGUUCCUGUUACCUUGUUCAACAAUUCAAUAUUAUAAACAACGCAGCUCCUCAAUACAUAAUGUAUUGUCUUUUCCUUCUUGUCCCCGUUCUCAAUCCAAUGUCUUCAUUUAUUUUCAUUACACCCUACCGUAAUUUUGUUAUUUCGCUUGUAGAUAGAACAUAUCGAAAGAUCUCAACAACGCAAACUGCAACCUACCAAGAUUCUUCUACAACUGAGAAUAAAAAAUCGAGAACAAAUAUUUAG